AUGAACUCGUUUGAGGAAGCGAACCCUGUACCCGUUGUAGCGAACUUGAAGUCUAAGCUCAAGAUUCUCCUCCACCUGGGUUGCCUCGCUGUGCAAUUCCCUCCACUGCCGCUACCACUGACCUCCGCCUCCGAUCAUACUGGUUGCGUGGCAUGGCUAGAUGCCAGAGACCCUCCGGCUGUAGCGUGCAUAUGCUUUGGUACGAUGGUAAUGCCAUCACCCAAUGAGGUGUCAGCUCUCGCUGGGGCCCUGGAAUCCACUUGGACCCCGUUCCUGUGGUCACUAAAGGAGCAUAUGAUGGUCCACUUGCCCGAAUGGUUCGUGAAGCAGAUGAUGACACACGAGAAGAUCGUGCUGUGGGCCCCACAGAGCCCGGUGCUGAGCCACCCGGCUUAUGGGGCGUACAUGACGCACUGCGGGUGCAACUCGAUGUUCGAGAGCAUGGCGGAGGGCGUGCCAAUGAUACGCAGGCCGCUCUGGGGGACAACAUGA